CAAGACAAAAAGGUACACAAAAUCCUUGCAUAUUGCGAACUUCGGAACAAAUGAAAAGUUAUUCGUGUUGAAGAACUUAAAAGUGUGUUCAUCAUGCCUCAAGGCCGUAGAAAGGUUCCGUUCAGUGGCAAACAGAAAAAGCAACAACUUUUGGCGAAAAAGCAAGCUAAAGCCAGCACAUCGCACAACAUUAUCCGCAAGCUGAAGGAUGAGGAAUCGAGUGACAUCAGCGAGGACAGUGAUAUGCCGAGAACUUUCGGCGAAAACAUUGAAAAGCUGAAUAUGCAACCAUUGAAGGAUCCGCGUAGCAAAGCGAACCGAUACGUCCUCCAGUUUCACCGGGAAACCGGCAAGGAGCUAAAGGAGAUGAAAGAGGAAGCGCGCAAGGAGCUUGUCUACCGUAGCGAGAAGGAUAUGGAGCUGGGGGAUAACUACUUCCAAGCAUAUGAUUUCCCGAAACGGCCACGCUGGAACUUCGAAAUGUCUAAGGAACAGCUGGAUGCCAACGAAAAUCGCUACUUCUUUAAAUAUGUCACUCUGUUGGAGAAAACUCAUUACGAUGAUAUGAAAUCGUUAAGCUUUUGCGAAUUGAAUUUGGAAACGUGGAGGCAGCUAUGGCGUGUGUUGGAACUAUCGGAUAUUAUUCUAGUUAUUGUUGACGCCCGAUUUCCUACCUUAAUGUUCCCUCCUGCCUUGUACCAAUAUGUAACGGAAGAGCUAGGAAAAGGUAUGAUGCUUGUUAUCAACAAAAUAGACCUCGUGGAUGCCGAAGUGGUGCUGGCAUGGAAACGUUACUUUGAACAAAAGUAUCCCCAAAUCAAGGUGGUAUUAUUUACUUCAUACCCGUCGUACAACUUGCGUGGAAAACAGGAAAGCAAACAUGGCCUUAAAAUUCGUCGCCGCCGUGGCCGUAUGCGAAUGGCGGCAGAAGGCGCACAGCAAAUCUACGAGGUGUGUCGCCAAUACGUGGGUAAUGACGUUAAUCUAGCUUCCUGGGAGCAGAAGAUACUGGAAGAACGUAACGCUCCAACGGAUCUGGAAGGCGACGAAGAUACGAACGUGACUUCGGAAACGACGCACGAGGAAGAGAAGGAUUUUUCAUUUGAGGAACAUAUAAAGUUUAAAAAUGGAGUACUUACGAUCGGGUGUGUCGGGUAUCCCAACGUUGGCAAAUCGUCUUUACUAAAUGCCGUAAUGGGACGCAAGGUGGUAAGCGUUAGUCGAACACCGGGUCACACGAAACACUUCCAAACGAUAUUCCUCACCAACACAGUCCGGUUGUGCGACUGUCCAGGUUUGGUGUUUCCCUCGUCGACCCCUCGUCAGGUGCAGGUUUUGAUGGGAAGCUACCCAAUAGCCCAGCUCCGUGAACCGUAUGCAUCGGUUCGGUUUCUUGCCGAGCGAGUCAAUUUGGUUGAGCUUCUCACGCUGAAGCAUCCGGAGAAUGAUAACGACCACUGGUCUGCGAUUGAUGUUUGCGAUGCUUGGGCGAUCAAACGAGGCUUCCUAACAGCGAAGACUGCGCGUCCGGAUACAUAUCGCGCCGCAAACAGUAUUCUACGGAUGGCGUUAGACGGUAAGAUAACUUUGUCGCUUAAACCGAUUGGAUAUGUUGAGCAAAAAGAGAAGCUUACCGUCGAUCCGGAGCUGGCUAAAGUGAAAGAGAUUCAAUCGAUGGCAGAAGUCGAUAACCGUGAAGAGGAAGAUGAUUGCUUGUCCGAUACGGACACUGAAGACCUUGCUGGUGCUAGUAACGAUGGAGACAACGAAGAAGAUGAUGAUCCAAACAGCACAUUGUCUCCUCCAGCAUGCUCUAGUACUGCAAAUCCGUAUGAACUGCUCGGUAGUCCCGAAUGAAUAUGGACGCUCGCGCAUGGAUGGCCAACUGGGACGUUGCUGAUCACAAAUACGAUUUGCAUAUGAUUACAGUAUCAUUACCUGACGGUUUUAAAGUGCUUCAUUGUUUCGUUGCAAAUAAAUAGAAAAAGUA